AUGUUCAAAACUUCAGGAAGAUCAUUCGUGACAACGACUGCCCUCUUCGGCGUUGGCCUCGCACUCAUACAACGAGUCUCAUCAGCCUCCACCUCCAACUGCCGCGCCGGGUUCACGUACUUUUCGGGAGACGUUUGCGUGGGCUGCACCGCCGGCACUUACAGCGGCCCUGGCUCGCUAUCCUGUUCAACGUGCCCCACAAACACUUACAGCAGGAGUCUGGCAUCGAGCUGCACGGCCUGUCCCUCCGGCUCGAUCAGCAGCCCUGGCGCCGCUUCGUGCACACUCCAGAACACCUGCACGGCCGGCAGGUACUUCGACGGCAUGGGCUGCGUGGCCUGCCCGGUCAACACCUACUCCGGCCCUCUCGCGACAUCGUGCACGGCAUGCCCCGGCCAGCAAGUCAGCGACGUGGGCUCCUCGUCUUGCCACGCCUGCGCUUCCGGCACCCAUUACGACUCCGGCUCCUGCGUCGUCGACCCCGUCACCUGCCCCCCAGGCCACGGCGACGGUGCGACCCAGUGCGAGGAGUGCCCUGCGGGCCAGUUCUCGUGGGAGGGCGCGGCCGCCUGCUGCUCCUGCUGUUCCGGCUUCUACUCCGACCACCCAGGCGCGGGGAGCUGUUCGCAAUGCUCCACGCCCGGCGCAUACUCCGUCGUCGGCGCGACAUCCGCGUCCGCGUGCUCCUCCUUCUACUCCGGCGGCCAGCUCUCCUGCCCCAGCGCCGGUCCCACCUGCCCCGACGUCGGCGGCGCGAGCCCCUCCAGCCUCACCCGCCAGAGUCUCGCCCCACGCCGGGCGGCGCGGUGCCCCCUCGGGCAGCGCAGCUGCCCCGUGUACGGCGUCUCCGCCGACGGGCGCGGCUACCUCCGGGGGCGCGAGUGCGUCGACGUGCGGACGGACCUGGAGAGCUGCGGCGGGUGCGUCGCGGACGACUCGCCGGGCGGCGCGCGCAGCGCGGACGGCGGACGCGACUGCAGCGCGAUCCCGCACACGGGGCGGGUGGGGUGCCGCGGGGGCGCGUGUGUCAUCGAAUCGUGCGCGUCCGGCUUCGCACUCUCCGAGGACGGGGAGGCGUGCGUCGCCUCCAGCGCGGCCGAUGCGCUUCAUGUGCAGCGCCGGGCUGCGGGGCAUCGUGCUCGACGCUCCGCUGCGAACUUUUGA